AGCAUUUCUUUCACAUAAAAAUAGAAUAAUAGUAAAUCCUGUCUUGUUUGCGUUUCGCUCCCCUUGCUUCCUCUCUCUUUGAUCAGUCAAUCAAUGGGGUUUCUUCAUAAGCUAUGGGACGAAACGCUAGCCGGACCAGCUCCGGACACCGGCCUUGGCAAGCUACGCAAGUAUGAUUCUUUCAAACUCCCGCCCUCCUCCACUGCUACCACUACAUCUCCUCCCUCUCAUCAUCGUGAUCACAAUCAUAUUGCUGUAACAAGGAGUAUUAGUAUUAUUAGGACUACUUCCAACCUCGCCGUCGAUCCGGGUUCGCCGCCUGAUUCUCCGGCGGGUUCUGCUGCGACUCCUACAACUCCCAUGUCACCAGCUGGGACUCCUCGAGCGGAUUUCAAGAGGUUGAUGAGGAGAAAAUCGCCAGCUGAAGCAUUAGAAAGCGCUGAAUCAAGAAGUCCGAUUAUUUACGAUUGGAUUGUAAUGAGUGCAUUGGAUUGUUGAGAGAGGAAGUAACGAUUUUUGCUUAUAUCGAUCGAAGAACGCCGUCUCGGCAUCGUUACACCCUAGUUUUUGUCAAUUUUGUUUGUACAUAUAAGUGUGUGUUUUUCUUCUUUUUUUUUUCAAUUUGUGGUUUGUGUUUAGGUUUUUCUACUUGUAAAUAUCGAUGUAUUGUGUAUAUUCUCCUCUUUCAAUGAAACUCAUCUCAAGCUUGAAAACUA